AUGCAAAAACGCAAAAUUGCCUUGUCGGAUGAUUCAAGCAGCAGUGAUGAUGUCUUGACUCGCAACAACUCUCGGAAUCAACACUAUAAAAUCAAUAAUAACAACAAUAACAAACAAAAUACUAGUAAAAAAGAAAAAAGAAGGACUAGUCAAAAUGGAGCUUGCGGCAAUCAACAUGUUUCAACAAACAACGGAACAAAAACGAGUAAGAAAUCAUCAUCAAAUUCCAAACAAAAGAAUUUAAAUGAAUUUUUGAAUAAGCAUGAUAAUACCACUAGUUCUGUGAUUGAUCAAGUUUCUCAACCGUUAUUUAUGAAACCAGCGAUUUCCGAAAGGUCAAACGAUGAUAAACUCACGCAAAGUCAACCUUCAUCUUCACAACUUCAUUUUGGAACAAAUGCAAGUGGUAAUAGAUUUCUUGUUGAUUUUCAAGAGGAAACGCUCGAUACCGAUGAUGAGAAUGAACUGUUAUCAAUACCACUCGACGAGGAUUAUGCAAAUAGCUCAAAUAGUACCAUGACCAUGAAAUUAUCAGAUAAGAAAUAUGUGACAAUUACUCGUGAAAGUAUUGAGAGUGGCCAUUCUGAUUUUAUUGUAGACACUGAAAGUGGAAUGAUAACUCUGAACGCAUACUAUCUCAAGAAUCAUAAAUGCCAACAACACGAUGAUCAAAUUAGACACAGAACAGAUGACCAAAUAGAAAGAGACAUGAAACUAAAAAGAAGUCCCACCGUUACAGAAAAAGACAGAAAACAUAUGGGUAAUGCUGAGGAGUGGGUCAACACCAUUCGUCGCAGAGAUGGAAAAAAAGAUUCCUUAUUGAAACCACCUAUUAAGAUUGGCUCUCGAGUUUAUGGACACAGAGACGAUGUUUUCAAAGCGUACGAAUCAAGAAUAGAAUGCUCCAAGAGAGGUUCUCACACUCCAACACAGCCAGGUAUUAGUGGCCAUUUUGGAGUGCCAGCGGACUCGAUUGUAGCAAUGGCCAUGGGUGGUUACGGUGACGAAGAUUAUGGAGAUGUUUUCAUUUAUACAGGACAAGGAGGAACAGAUUAUGAGGAUCAAACUCUCAACAAAUAUAACAUUAGUUUAGUGGAGAGUUUGAAAAGAAAAAUUCCUGUUCGACUUGUUCGUGGCUAUCAAUUAGAUUCUGCCUACGCUCCAGCAAAAGGUUAUCGAUACGAUGGAUUGUAUUGGGUGACUGAUUAUUGGAGAGAACCUCAGAGACUGAAAAGUGGCCAUUUUGGAGCUCUUGUUUACAGAUAUCGAAUGAUUCGAUUAGAAGGUCAACCACCCAUGAGUAAGGUCAAGCGUCCGCAUUUCACUCCCAAAAAUCAUUACAGACCCUCGCGUGGAGAAUACAUUCUCACACAAGAAUAUGUGAAAUCUGGACGAAGACAUUGGGAUCGAGAUUUGGUACGAUUUAUUUAUGCAGGCAUGACAUCUGGUGCUUGGGGAAAUGCAUUCACCAUGACAAAGGUGUUGGCUUUCCAUAUCGAUCUUCGUUUAGCUGUUGAAGGUUGUAACGCAUUACCGUAUCCUAUUCUCAAAGAAACAAAGAACGAAACAAGUACUUCUACUGCUACUACUACUCACUCUACGGAUGACAACACUCUGGUUCAUUCUCCUCAAUGGAGUGCUUGUGUCAAUUUUUCACCUCUUCCAAUAAUUCCCAACAAAGUAGGUGAGAAAGAAGUCAAUGACACUUUAGGUCUUGAGAAAGUGUAUAAUAUCAUUGGAGUUCCAAUAUCAACACAGCAUUAUCAGUCAAAUUUGGAGUUUGUGUUCACGAAGGAAACUAAAAAGUACGACAUUGAAAAACAACCUACGCUCACCUACAUGUGCAAAAAACAGAAACGCCCGACACAGCAACAUUUAGCGUAUGCAUUGAACGAGAAUGGAUUAAUAUCCACGAGUAAUUUUUACACUUGCAUGAAUCAAGCAUCUGUUGCCGAAUAUUUGUCGAUGCCUCAAAGCGUGAAAUAUGAUUUGGAGGAUAUUGAGCAAUAUUUACUGGAUGAGCGACAAUUCUACAAGAAUUUCAUCAACAACAACGGUCAUGCAAACCUGAAACAACUCGAGACUAGGAAAACAAACAACUUUUCAAGACUAAGAAAUGCCCUAGAUAACUUGUAA